AUGAGCAACAACAUAGGAAGAGAUAUCGUAUACUAUCAAGUCACGGACCCAAGUGACAAUGCGUUAGACCCCAAACCAGGAACUUUGAGAUAUGGGGCUACCAUGAUCAGAGGGAAAAAGUGGAUCACCUUCCAGAGGGACAUGCGCAUUAGGCUUGAGAAACCACUUCUCGUUAGUAGCUUCACUGCCAUUGACGGAAGAGGUCCUAGCGUUCACAUUGCUGGUAAUGCAUGCUUGGUGGUCUUUAAGGCAAGCAAUGUAAUCAUCCAUGGCCUUCGAAUCCACCAUUGCCGUUCCCAAGCACCAAGCUUAGUUAUGGGUCCAGAUGGAAAGAUAAUGCCACUGGGGCAGGUUGAUGGAGAUGCAAUCAGGUUGGUUACUGCAUCAUAG